CCUGCUGGCUGCGACGAUUUUACUCACCAGCACGGCCAGUUCACUUCUGUCUGCUUAAGGUGAAGCACCCCUCGCGCGUGUGACGGUGCACGGUGUGGUGUGAGUUCAAGCUCUUUCGCGGUGUUUGCCGAUUUUGCGUAGAAUUUUUUUGUUUCUGUUCUCCGGUUGCAAGGAAAAAAACAAUUACUGUCACACAUUAACCGUGUUAACUUUGUGUGAUAGUGUUAAAGAGAGUUUCCUUGUUGAGGGAAGAAAAGCUACGCCUUGAGGUCGUGAAAAUUGUGCGGAAAAGCUUUGCGUAACUUGCGCGAGAAAAAAUCGAAAUUUUGUGCCUAACAAAUUGCGACAAAAAGUGGGGCAAGUUCAGUGGAGAGUGCAACUUUGACAGCUUCACACGGUAAUUUGUGAAUAGGCAACUUCCCAGCUUGAUCGUGAAAAAAGAGGGUCUCGAGUGGCAAACAAAAGUGGUGCAGAAUUUUCAUUGCCAAACAACACAAAAAGGAAAAUUCUUUGACUUCCCUUCUUCCUCCACCGUUCGAAAUUUUCAUCCCUUUUCCUCCGAGAAGUGCUCACCUAGAAAAGUGAGAAAGAGAGAGGGAGAAAGUGAGAUCAAAAGUAAAAGUGCUAGCUGCACACAGGGAAAACACAGAUAUUCUUCUGAGUGGCAUUGUGGGUGUGCUAAAAAUAUCUCCUUAAUCGAAAGAAACGCGAAUCAUUUAUUUAUACUCGGAGACGUGUGAAGACAACAACACUGACUUGGCAGAAAAAUAACACACCACAAAUUGCUUGGGAAAACGCAGCUGAGCGUUGUUGAAUGUUUGAAAAUUGGUGAAAAUUCGGCGAAUUUGCGUGCGGAAAGCUUCAAAAAGAAGAUUGUCACCACACCACGUCCAAACCUAAUCGCGUUACAUCACGUUUGGUCAGCUUCAGCCUGGAAGCUCCUAUUUUAAGAAUCGCCACCAACGUGAGCCGCCAGUAGCAGGAAGUCCCGCCGUCCGAGCGGUUGGAAGUUCCCGUCAGUGUUUCGCGAGCCGGUGAUAAGUGAUGGUCGCAGCUUUUCCAGUCGGUUGGAAGAAGAGUGCCGAGUUGUGAGGGUUUGUGGGUUCUUAUCUCUGCAAAGUGUUUAUCGGUGGGCAGGUGAUUAGAUUGCAGAAAUCAAUCGCCGAGUUGAAGUGAAGACGGAGGGGGGUUUGUGUGAGUUAUCACACGAGCGGAUGUAUUAGUGUGCAAAAAGUGGCGACCGCGUAGGAGUUGGGGAGUUGUUAUCAGCUGUGUCUCCCCCCUCGUUAAUUGCUUGGAGUGAUGAUUACGAGGGCUCCAAUCGAGUGCUGUAGUCGUGUUUUUGCGUAGUACGAGCGCGGGUAGACCAAGCGCCGACCCGAUGACGAUGCUGUCCUGAAGUCCUGAAGUUCUGCCGCGUAGAAUCAGGAGUCAGUCAGUCAGUGUGUUUAGUUCAUAAGUUCUAGAAAGUUCAAACCACCCCCUCGUACAAAGUGUUCACAGUGAAAUCAAGGGAAAGACUGACAAGAUGUUCGGAAUGUCUGCCCUGGCCCAUCAGGUGAACAUGAACAACUUCCUGUCCCUGCUGGUGGGGGCCUCGCUGGUCGCGGCCAACUCGUCCCCGAGCCACCACGACCUCACGUCGUUCUCCCAGCCCUCGCAGGACUUCUCCAACGGAGUAUCGUCCUUUGCCCUCCCAGCGGAGGACGGCCGAAUGGCGGCCUUCGACAGUUACACCCUGGCGUUCCUCAACUACACGUACACCAACGGUGACGACGCCCUGGUCCAGGACGGAGAACUGAUCGGCAAGUUCGGUGAAGGUCGCAUCCUGAACCGCACAGGCCUGCUCGUCCACAUCACCAAGUCGGACAACGAAAACGAUCACACCGGGUGUACCAAGGAUUGGAACGGGACGCUGGGGACGCCGCUGCCCCCGCGGGAGGUCCCGUGGAUUGCGCUGAUCAAGCGCGGCAAUUGCAACUUUGAGGAGAAGGUGCGCCACGCGUACAAUCACGGAGCGGGCGCGGUUAUCAUCUACAACGAUAAGGACGAUCCGCGGUUGGAUAAAAUGAAGAUCAACGAUAAAGAACGAAACAUAACCGCCGUGUUCACGACCAAGGCCAAGGGCCACGAGCUGAUCGACAUCAUGGAGCGUAUGGGCUACAAGGUGACCAUGGCCAUCAUCGAGGGCAACCGCCACUUCAAGUCGAUGGCCAACAUUAAUAGAACCUCCGUCCUGUUCGUCUCGAUCUCGUUCAUCGUGCUGAUGAUCAUCUCGCUGGUGUGGCUGGUGUUCUACUACGUGCAACGGUUUCGGUACCUGCAAACCAAAGAUAAACAAUCGAGGCGACUUUGCAACGUAGCGAAACGAAUCAUUGCCAAAAUUCCAACCAAGAGUAUUAAAUCAGAUGACAAGGAAUUGGAAAUCGACAACGAUUGCUGUGCCAUCUGCAUCGAGCCCUACAAGGUUACGGACGUGAUACGCGUUCUUCCCUGCAAACACGAGUUCCACAAGGCCUGCAUCGACCCGUGGCUGCUGGAGCACCGCACCUGUCCGAUGUGCAAGAUGGACAUCCUCAAGCACUACGGCUUUGUGUUCACCGGUAGCCAGGAGAGCAUCCUACAGCUGGACCUGGACAUGGAAGAGGGUGACCUGAUCGAUGACCACAGCAGCACCGAUGGUGGCGGCUACCAGCGUCGGCACAGCGUCAGUCCGUUGCCCCAGAUUCGGGCUUCGAGUGAGAAUCGGAUGUCCCGCAGUUCGUCGGAGUCGGACUCGGAGAACGACCGCCACCGGCACCACCACCAUCACCAUCACCACGUGGCCACUUCAAAUCACGUGCACCAUCACCACCACCACCACAGCCGGGGUCAGUCGCUGGGGGGUGGCCGUAACAGUUGCCACGGCGAAAGCAGCGUAGAUUACGUCGACGAGCAGCAGCAGCAACAUGAUGUGGAUGCGCAGGACUUGGCCGGGGUGGAAUCACGCACCGAAAACGACAUCUGCGUGGGCUGUUUGGCCGCGGCCUUGAACAAGAAGCAACGCAAGUUUGACGGAACCUGCUCGCAGGACGAUGCCGAUAGUGAUACCUUCUCCCCGGAACACCAGCACGGCUCCAACAGUCUUCCGGCGACGCUCAAAAAGUACAAGGGCAACCACUCGACCGGUUCCUGUCGCGGAAUGAAUCCGCCGGACCACUACCACCAGCAUCCGGCCCCGUCUCAGCAACAACCCGCUUCCUCCUCAAAGCCGUUCAACUUUUACAAAACCGACGGCGGCCAGAUCCGGAAGGUGCGCACGCCGCUCAAGAACCUGCUGUCGCAGUCCGUGUCGGCCCCGUGCGACGACGACUGCUCGCUGACCAACAUCCACCUGGGCACGGAACAGCACGAACCGUGCUCGGAUCCGCCGGCCGGAAUGUUGGCUGAAGUUGCGCCGCCUUCCGGAGGUCGACGCUGUUCCCUGUCGCGGACUUCGUCCUGCGACUCGACGGACCGUCGUCGGAGCCAUCUUCAGCAGGAGGAGGACGACGACGACGAGGGUUCGGACGAAACGGAACCGCACAGUGACAACGAUCUGAUCGCCAAAGGUGGGGCUGGCCACGACGGGGAGGGUAAGAAAAAGUGAUAAAAGUGAUAUAUAUUCCUAGAAGUUUAAUCUAAAGUAGUGAAAAAUUUAACGUUGCAGUACUGCAAAUAAUUAAAAAACUUUAGAACUUAGAGACAAGCGCUAAAUUAACUAACAAUUUUUAAGGGUUGAAAAAAACUUGUGCGUGAUAUAAAUGUGUAACUUUCUGCUCUGACCUUUUUCGAAACAAAAGCAAAAAACGCAAAACAAAACAAGAAAGUUUAAUUUUUAUAGAAAACAAAAAAAAAAAAACAAACAGCAAAAACUUCCCCCCAAGUUGUUCUUCACUUCUUCCUCCGCAAAUUAUUUCAGGUAGUACUUAUAUAGUUAAGCUCAGAUCAGAACUAGUAGAAAAAAAAACCUCAAUUUGGUUGGUUCGCUCUCGUCAAGUGCCUCGAUUAGGGAUGAGGGAGGUCGAGGUCGAGAAAUAAAAAAAA